AUGGCCUAUUCAAGAUUAGCAAAGGGUAAGAAACGCGCUAUAAAGGAAGAGGAAGAGGAGAGCAGCACCUCGCCGUCCUUGUCAUCAUUAUCGCCCGAGCCUACCCAGAGACCUGUGGUCAAGAAGCCCAAGCGGGCUGAGACAAGAAAGUGCCCCGUAUGUGAAGAGCAAAUACCCGUACGCUUGCUCGCGAAGCAUUCCGAGCUUGAAAGCGAAAGAGUGGAGGAAAUAAUAAAGGGCAUCGGGAGUAGUAAAGGAGAGUACCACGCUUCGCAAGAUGGGACGCGUCGUUCGGCCGCCCGUGCUCGUAAGAGUAUGAGCGCUAUGAACACCAGGAGUAGUGCAACUGCCGACAUAUUAGAAGAGACGAGUAAGGCCAUACAGAUCAUUAAACGGCAUCGCAAGCGACGGCACGCUAAGCUACGAGAUAUGACCAGGGAAGACGAAGAGGGGCGGACGAAAGUAGUUCAGAGUAGUGGCAUCGUAUGUCCCGUGUGCGCCCAGGCGGUUCCCGGAGAUCAGGACGUGGUGGAGGCUCAUGUGGACGCGUGUCUGGCAAGCGAGGCACGCCGUAUAGAUGUGGAGCAGCAAGAUGAAGCUGGUCCUAGUCAUCCGACCGAUUGGGGCGGUAACCAUUCUCGUAUUGGGAAUGUAUCAGGUCUCAGAGGUGCUGGCUUCAACAUUAGAAACCGCACGCAAGAAGACGUCGAUGAUGAGGUGGACAUAGAUGGCGACGACGAAGCAGUGUUUGGGACUGCCCAGUUCACAGAAUGCGAUAUCAUGCGAAUCGACGCGGUCCGAAUGGAGGAAGAGGAAUCGGGGGACGAAGAUGUGGAUAUAGGUGGUCCUGGGGAGCGGCAGAGAUCUACUUCGUCGAUGCAGGCACAAGAACAAGCGACGAAUACACCGGAGGACGGUAUAUUAGUCGACGUAACCGAGCCCAAUGAAGUCGACCAUUUAAUCACCGCUGCCAGACGUGGAGGUCACAUUCAAUCAUUAGUUACCGCGCUGGAGCGGAAGAUACAACAAUUGGAAUCGUCACAGUCAACAUCUUCGGCGUCACUGCAAUGUCGCAUAUGCCUGGACCCAUACACGGAGCCGACUGUUUCAACGGGAUGUUGGCAUACGUGCUGCCGAGAAUGCUGGUUACGUUGUCUAGGAUUAACAAAGCUCUGCCCAAUCUGCAAGCGGAUCACUAUUGCUACUGAUCUCCGCAGGAUAUACUUAUAA